AUGGACAGUCUAGGCAACGUUACAAAACGUAUCAAAAUCCUCCGAAUUCAAAUAUUCCCCGCGAAAAUCAGAAACUUCCGUUCCCAAAACCUGGAUCCGUUUCGCCCCAGCUCCAAGACAUGUAUCAAACACUUCCAAAACAAGAUCCUCUCAUAUUUCAUCCAAGCCGUCGGAUUUUCCAUCUUCACUGAUCAAAGCCCAGAAAUCCUCCUCCAUUCAAUCACAAAAUCUCUCUCCAAUGCUAAAAGUCCUUCCCACCUCGAUCAAAUCCACUCCAUAAUCAUUACUUCCGGGCUCUCCCAAUCUGUCUUCUUCUCUGGCAAACUCAUAAGCAAAUAUGCUGAAUCGCACAAACUGACCGCCUCCCGAUUGGUUUUCGAUCGUGUUUCCCACCUAGACAACGUUUAUCUAUGGAAUUCGAUCAUAAGAGCGAAUACCCAGAUGGGCAUUUUCUCCGAAGCAUUGGAUUUAUACUUUGCUAUGCGGCGGUUGAAAUUGUGCCCCGACAGUUUCACUUUCCCUUCGGUAAUCAAUGCUUGUGCGGGCUUACUUGAUUUUGAGAUGGGUAGGACUGUUCAUGAUCAUGUUUUGGAAAUGGGUAUUGGGUCUGACUUAUAUAUUGGUAAUUCCUUGAUUGAUAUGUAUGCUAGAUUGGGUUAUUUGAAGGAGGCACGCGAUGUGUUUGAUAAAAUGCCUCAGAGGGAUGUGGUGUCUUGGAAUUCUAUGAUUUCUGGGUACAGUGCAAAUGGAGAACCAGAGCAAGCUUUGGAGGUUUAUUAUCAAUUGAAAAUUGCAGGCAUAAUUCCGGAUUGUUUUACGGUAGCUAGUGUUUUACCUGCCUGCGGAAGCCUAGUAGCUAUUGAAGAGGGCUGGGUAAUUCACAGCCUUGUAAAUAAGAUCGGGAUAGAGAAUGAUAGACUAGUGAGCAAUGGUCUCAUUGCGAUGUACUGUAAAUUCGAGAAUUUAACAGAUGCUAGAAGAUUAUUUGAUAUGAUGAUAGGCAAAGACACUGUUUCUUGGAAUACUUUGAUUGGUGGGUACUCUCAAUUUGGUGUAUUUGAAGAGGCUAUAAAGCUAUUCGAAGAGAUGGUGAUUAGAUUCAAACCUGAUCUUUUAACGAUAACGGCGAUUCUCCGUGCUUGUGGUCAGAUGAGGGACUUGGAACGUGGGAAAUCGGUUCAUGGAUACAUGAAGAGAAAUGGAUAUGAAUGCGAUACUGCCGCCAAUAACAUUCUCAUAACAAUGUAUGCUAAGUGUGGAGGCUUACGACAGUCGCAAACAGUUUUUGAUCAAAUGGAUUGUGUAGACUCUGUCUCAUGGAAUUCGUUGAUCAAUGGUUAUGUUCAAAAAGGAUGUCACCAUGAAGGGAGAGAGCUUUUUAAGAUCAUGCAAAAGACGGACAUAAGACCUGAUUCCGUUACUAUAGUGGCACUCUUUUCAAUUUGUACCCAGUUAGGAGGUUUAAGUGCAGGGAAGGAACUUCAUGGUAAUGUAAUUAAGUUGGGAUUGGCUUCAGAUCUACUCGUGGGUAAUGCUCUUAUUGAUAUGCAUGCAAAAUGUGGUAGUGCAGAAGACGCGUUGAAAGAAUUUGAGAAGAUGGAAACUCGAGAUGUGGUAACUUGGAAUACCGUCAUCGUUGGGUGUAUUCACACUGGGAAUUGUAGUUUGGGACUGAAAAUGUUCAGCCAAAUGAAUGCUGAGGGAGUGAUGCCUGACACAGCUACCAUGCUAGGAAUCUUGCCAGCAUGUUCUUUCUUAGCGGCAAAGCGACUGGGGAAAGAGAUCCAUGGAUACGUUCUCAAAUUUGGGUUGGAAUGUGAUGUCCCAAUUGGGAAUGCACUGGUUGAGAUGUAUUCGAAGUGUGGCUGUUUGGAGAACUCCAUCCGUGUAUUCGACAAUAUGAAAGAGAAAGAUGUGGUGACAUGGACUUCUCUGAUAUCUGCCUAUGGGAUGUAUGGCCAUGGCAAGAAAGCCUUGUGGGCUUUUGCAGAGAUGGAGGAAACAGGCAUUGUUCCAGACCACAUUGCCUUUGUUGCUGUUAUUUUUGCAUGUAGUCAUGCGGGUUUGGUUGAAGAAGGCUUGUCAUGCUUUGAUCGAAUGACAAGCUGUUAUAAAAUCAUGCCUAAGACUGAACACUAUGCAUGUGUAGUCGAUCUUCUCUCUCGGUCUGGACAGUUAGCCAGAGCCGAGAAGUUCAUUCAUGAGAUGCCAUUUGAACCAGAUGCAAGUAUAUGGGGAGCUCUACUUAGUGCUUGUCGAACAACUGGCGCAACCAGGAUUGCCGAACGUGUUGCAGAGCAAAUUAUGGGAUUGGAUUCAGACAAAACUGGGUACUAUGUUCUAGUAUCGAAUGCAUAUGCAGCUGUUGGGAAAUGGGAUGAAGUUACUAAGAUACGGAAAUCCAUGAAAGCUAGAGGAAUGAAAAAGGACCCUGGAUACAGCUGGAUAGAGAUUAGAAGCCGGGUAUAUGUUUUUGGGACUGGAGAUAGGUUAGUCGAGCAAUCUGUAGAGGUUUAUCGAUUAUUGGAGAGACUCGCAGGACUGAUGGCGAAAGAAGGGUAUGUUCCAGAUAGGAAAUUUGUGCUGCAUGACGUUGAGGAGGAUGAGAAGAGAGAUAUUUUAUGUGGGCAUAGCGAGAGGCUCGCAAUAGCAUUUGGUUUGUUGAACACGAGGCCAGGCACGCCGUUGCAGAUAAUGAAGAACCUUCGUGUAUGUGGGGAUUGCCACACUGUCACUAAAUACAUUUCGAAGAUUACGCAGAGGGAAUUCAUAGUUAGAGAUGCUAACCGUUUUCAUCUGUUCAAGGAUGGAACCUGCAGCUGUGGUGAUUACUGGUGAUGAAUUUGUUUGUUUUUUUUUAUUCAUCUAAACUCAUUUGGAGAGAUUGAAUCGGAGAAUAUCUAAAUCAUACAAAAACAAUUUUAGAAGACAUGAAAGACUCAAAAAUGACUUACCAAUUGAUACAUAUUUUUUCCAGCUAUGUCAUUCAUGUCUAGAUUGUUAAUGUCAGAUAGAUGAGCCUGGAUCCUCUACAAAGCUUUGUAGGUUAAGCUUAUUCCACAAAGCCUCAAACUACUGUCAGUUUAUCAAUGUAUGAUGAGCUUAAACCACAUUGUUCAGGGGUAUUUUUAUCCGAAAAAGGAAAUUUUGACAGGGAUUGUAGGAUGUUGGUUACUGCAGGUACAUCUACAAGCAACCCACAAACCCUCUCUCGAUCUACCGACCGCACCAUUUGGCUCGAAAAAGAACUCGGCUCGCACUGGUGCAUCUCUCUGUAUUGUUUUUAUUUUGGUUUUCCAUGAAAGAAAUUUUCUUUUCUUU